AUGGGCGACAUCGCCGACCCGCCCGCCAACCCAAUGGCUUCCCUGCUCGAGCUCUCGCACGAACUGCUCCAUUGCAUCUUCACCGAAGUCGAACCCGCCGAUGUCUCAGCGCUCACCCAGAGCUGUCGUGCGUUGCAUAGCUAUGUCCGUGGCAACCGUCUCCUGCACAAAGACUUGUACAUCCGGAAGUAUGGUGAACCUACGCCAGCCGCGCCUGAGCCAGACUGGGAAGAUGCGCUGCACAGAUUGGUCAAGCUGGAGAAGAUAUUCGACACCGAAGAUCGGAGGGUCAAGAAGGAGGAGCUGGCAUUCGUGUCGGGAGAGGUCAAUCGUCUUGUCAAGACCGCGAGCACACCUCACAACGAGAAGGAUGAAAACCACAACGUCGACUGGUUGAGAUACUGGUUUCAGAACACAGACAACAUCGACAGCUUCCUGUGCGCCAGCAGCUUGUUCGCAAGAGCGGGGAACGAGUUGCAACUGCCUGCGGAUACGGAAGAGCUGAGACAAGCCAGCGCGAAGCUGCAUUGCUUCUAUGGCGUACCGAUUGAUGUAGUGCCGACUCGGAGCUUCUUUUCACUGCUGCAGCCAGACGUCUCGAUGAGUCCGAGUCUAUGCACCAGGAGUCACGCGAGGCCAUUGCUGACGCACACAUAUGCGAGAAGUAAGGUGUACGACCUGCGAGAGUAUACGGACAACACGUUGUGGGGCCCUUUCAUGAACGAUGGGAGCCAACGAGUCGAUUGGGAGAAGGUGGAGGCAGUGAUGAUUGUUCUGGGAUUCAAUCUAAGAAAGUUUACAGAUCGCAGUGAUGGGCGUUUUCCGAUGGUGUGGAAAGACACGUGGAGUGGGGCAACUCCAAACAGCUAUAAGACCUUACCGAGAAUAACUGGAUCUACGAGAGAGGUUGAUGAAGAGAUUAACAAGAUCCGGGAGAAGGCUCUCUCACUGGACGCACAAGACCCAUACGGUAUCAGUGGCAGCUGGAUGCGAGUUGUGUGCUUCCUGGAUUAUAACGAUCUCUACGCCUUCAACUUCAGCGAACGCAUCCCUGAUGAGCAGCUUAGAGAGCCAAUUGACACGGAAGAAGCUAUUCGACUGAUUCGCAUCAAGCUUCAAGUGACUCGCAUCGACCCGCCCGGGAGCGGCGAUGAAGGAGAAGAAGAGGACGGAGACGGUAUGGACUGGACAAACUUCACAGGCGAGCGAUUGCCAGUCGUGCGCUUCCGUGGAACAUCGCGGAGUUUACAUGCAAGUUGGGACCCGAACGCAAACAGCAGAAUACGAGGAACGGUGCGACAGACUCCUGAAGGUGAGAUCCGCUGGACGACAUUCUCAAUCUUCCACGGCGAGGAACGAUGGCGUAGCGAAGGGAUUCAAGUCGGAGGACUGAAAAGCGCCCGAGGUGUCCUCGGAAACUGGUUUGACAAGGACUACGAUCUGCAUGGCCCGGCUGGACCGACGGCGUUCUGGAAGGAGUCAGACGAGCUCGACGAGGAGAAGACUAGCAGUACGCCGAUGGCCUUCUUUUGA